ACAGUUACAGGUGCCGUCAGCAAGACACGUUUUGGAGAAGAAGAAUUGUCAAAAUGGCGACUUCCAUUUGUAGGACGUUGGUACCCCUUCAUCGAUUAUCGUCUUGUGUUUCGAAGGGCGCUGAGGCAAUAACACUACGAGAGACGCGAUGUGCACUCCCAAUGGUCGUCCCGAUACGAACAAAGAAACGGUACUUUGUUCCUCCUUCGGCUCAAACCCAAACGAUGUCCCAGACGGAACAGGAGGCGCGAGCUCGAGCAGCGGGAAUCGUGCCAAGACAACAGUACAUGGAGAGAUCUAUUAACAUCUCAUGCACUGCUGGCGUGUUUGAUCCAUAUAUCCCACCGGAGGGGGAUGCUCGGCUCUCGUCCCUCUCGAAGGAAGGAAUCAAGCAGCGCACAGAACAAAUUAAACAGUCUGCUGCCUCACAGUUAGCGAUUCGUAAAAUCAAAGACUACGAUCCUGAUUUCAACACCAAGGACUUCGCUGGUCGAGCACAGGAGAUCUUCAUUGAAGCUCACCAUGCACUUACAAACUUCAAUAAGGUCAAACUCCAUUCCUUGGUGACAGAAAGAUGUUACCCUGAAAUGGUCAGAGGCAGCCGUUAUAAAACGUUACGAUGGCGCUUCAUUGAGUCCCUAGAACCCCCGAGGGUGGUGCAUACCCGGUGCCCAGACAUGGUCAGCAAAGGCAACCUCUACGCCCAGGUGACGGUGCGCAUGCACUCCAGACAGACUCUGGCCAUUUAUGACCGCUUUGGGCGCCUGAUGUUGGGUAACGAAGACGAGCCGAGGGACGUGCUGGAGUACCUGGUCAUCGAGCGGCACCUGAUCAACCCCUACGGCAUGUGGAGGCUGCACGGCAAGAUCGUGCCUGCCUGGGCCCCCCCUAAAGACUCCAUUAUUAAGACUCUUAUGAUCCCUGGGCCCACAUUGAAACCAGAACAGGAGUUUGAGGACCUCCACUAUGAAAUUCCAAAACCCAAGGCGGUGCAGUGGCACAAGUAAACCAAUGAGAGGCGCUGUGCACUAGGUCCACCAACAUCCAGGCUGUACAUUUCCCCCCCCUUACCCCUGGAUUUUUCAAAAUAAACACAAUAUGUGCAAA